CGGGCGUCUGCCAGCCCCCUGAUCUUUCCCGUGUUCUUGAGUCCCAGCUUCCUCCUAUCUUUUCUCUCCCCGUUCGUCCUCAAGUUGCGGCCAGGUUCGCGGCUUCGCCUCGCAUCUCGCUGCCACGACAGGACAGCGUAGGACCGGCUGAAAGUGAGAAAAAAGGCAGCUGGAGGGGCCGGAGAGACGUCGUCGUGAGUGCGGCGCGGGCCUCGAGAUGUCAUCAGGCAGAGCCGGAAGCAGCUCGGGAAUGGAGCAUUUGAUUUACCAAGCUUUCUCUCAAGAAGAGGCCAUAGAACUCGAUGUUCAGCGCCAGGGAUCCCAUAAGGCUGAAGCCUUUCUGAAAGCCUUCCUCAAGCGGAGCAUGCCCCAUAUGACCGAAGCCAAACUCCAUGACCACAUGCAUCGCAAAGCCGUUGUGCUGGAGUACUUUCCCCCAAAGAAGCCCAAGGAAAGGAAAAGAAAAUCCAAAGGCUUCUCUGCAAAGCAGAGACGAGAGUUGCGCCUCUUUGAAAUUAGACCAGAGCAGCAAAGAUAUAGCCUGUUUCUCCCUCUGCAUAAUCUCUGGAAACAAUAUAUCCGGGACUUGUGCAAUGGUCUUAAGCCAGACAUGCAACCACAGAUUAUUCAAGCCAAGUUGUUAAAAGCAGAUCUUCAUGGUGCUAUUAUUACAGUCACCAAAUCUAAAUGCCCCUCUUAUGUUGGCAUUACGGGAAUUCUGCUUCAGGAAAUGAAGCACGUCUUCAAAAUUAUCACCAAAGAUGACAAGUUAAAAGUUAUUCCCAAGUUAAACUGUGUGUUUACUGUAGAGAUCGAUGGCUUCAUUUCCUAUAUUUAUGGGAGCAAGUUCCAACUUCGAUCAAGUGAGCGUUCUGCAAAGAAGUUCAAAGCAAAAGGAACAAUUGACCUAUGAACUCAUGGCUGCUUAAGAAAAUAUCACUGCAAUUCAGAACAGUGAGAAGGAAGCAGGAGACCUGAACUGGCAGCUGGCUCAUGUUUGGUGCCUUGCUCUUAAAAAAAAAAUACCGCCAGGCCAGUGAGUAGCUCAUUUCCAGCUCGUUUCACCAGUUCAAUUGCUAGUUGUCUUUUCUUUCCAUAUUGUUUAAAAUUCUGCGUGUGGUCUGCCCACCUCUUUGGUUAAACAGAUGAUUUUCAGGUUGCAUUAUUUUCUAGUGAGACUGUUGAGUGGCUUCAAGUCUGUCGCCCCCUGGAGUAGCAGUAUCAGCAGAAAGAACCUCCGAAUCACCGGCUUUUAUUUUGCAAAUUAAUAGUUCUAUUGGAUUAGGUAGUUGGGACCCAUGUCAAGAGUCGGAGCAUCUAGUCUUUACUCCUCAGUAGCAGACUAUAAAGAGGGAAAUAUGGAAUGGAACGUUUUCCAGUGCCAAGCCUUUAUGGUGUCAUCCAGAGAAAAGUGACGGCACUUGGGAGAACAGAGAGGAUCGUGAGGCUUUCCCUUCUAAACUCCCACACAUUGUGUGACCUUCCAUUUCCAGAAACUUCAUCCCAGGGGUCCUUUGAAGCCAUUUCAGAAAACUCUCUGUAAUAACUCUUUGAAAUCUGAAUAAGAAAGUGAACUUGUAUUACGCAUGCAACAUACAUAUUAUUUUUUAAAAUAAGGCCCUUUGUACUUUGAUGCUAAAACCUGGAGGUUCUAUUUCUUUGUUGACUCAAAUGUGCCGGGCCAGUGUUGACUGUGUUAAAAGGGAGUGAAGCUCCAUACAACUAACUUACCCCCUCUGGGAUGGGGAGAGAGAUGACAGGCUUUGUCCUGAAACCCUUUCAGUCAUUUUGGUGGAAAUCCUGAGGAGGAUCCGUGUCCUUAAGUGUCUUUCCUUUGACAAACAAGAUGUGUACCACAGAUCAUCCUUGGCAUCCUCUCCCCUUCUCACCAGAAACUUCUGUACAAAAGCAGGGCUUUUAAUGAUCCUUUGUCUUUGAGCCACACGUUACAGGCACUCCACAUUAAGGAAGAAAGAACAUUGCACACAGGAUGGAUGAGUAUUGAUUCAGACCAGGUAAUGAGCUGCUCUGACAUGAGAGCUGGAAUGCUACGACCCUGGCAUGUCAGAUAUGCCCAAAACAACCUAUUUACUGUGACUUGUGGCCUUUGGUGCCUUGACCCCAUGUUGGUCGAUAGGAAAUGGCUCUCCCUCAUUCUUAUAUUCGUGAGCAGUGCUUGGCUGUUUCUGCCCUACCUGUAAGCUGUGAUCAUAACUACCUGCUUUCUUGAUGGGGAAAUAAAUCUCUCUGUUAGUUAA